AUGACGCCCAUCCAGUGCACAAACUAUGCCAUUAAUAACCGCACACACAUAGGGAUUCAUUGUCUUCAUUUAAUCGACCCAUCCAUCUACAAGGACGAUGACUACAUGAUGGCAGAAUUCCAUCUCUAUGCAUCUGGUCCUAACGCUAUAAUAGAUAGCGCGAAGUACUGGGACGGUUCAGAACAGGGGCAGCAAAAUGUACUUAACUGCAUCGAACCUGCGUUGGAAUGGACAAAGAACACAGGCAUUUACACGUACUUUGGAGCAUGGAUGGCAGAAGAUAAUGCCAAUAUGGCUUUUGAUGAGGAGGAAAUCAAAAGCUUUGCAAGUUAUUUUGUGGAAACCCUGAAAAAGAAUGGUAUCCCUUGGUCAAUUAACGUCCUUGAUCGCUACUACGACACCAAGGAAAGUGUAUGGCUUAAAGAUCAAACCAUCGAUGACAAGACCAUCAACUUCAAAAGUGUCUUGGAUGUCAUCAAAAAGAAUAUGUACAUCGGUACAGCCAUGAACAACCUCGCCAUCACGAUACGCUUUGCGCUUCUUCUUGCUAUUUACCUGCCUAUCUGCAAUGGUCAAGAUGACCCUAUAUUGCCUAAAGACUACAGGGACAUCAUCAAGCAAGGAUUUUCAACAAAUUACUUCAAGGUCGCACCAGAACGCAUUGAAAAGAAGUACAAGGACAAGAACAUCGACGAUAUCUAUAAGGAAGGCUUUCGUAACCUCAGACUUCGUUCGCGCGCAGACCUCUACGAUCCUCCCUACGAUAACGACGACUUUAAGGUGUUUUUGGAUAGAUUAGAAGAGGUUGUUGACAAAUGUCUUCAGACGGGUGUUGCCCCAAUCAUUUCAUGGAUAAAUCAUCACGCAGAAGCAAAACCUACAAGUGAAGAGAAAGAGAACUACAUCAAGUGGUGGACUUUGGUUGCCGAGAAACUCAAGAACAAGGAUUACAGACUGAGUUUUAACUUGUUCACAGAGCUUGGAAUCGACAGUAAUUGUGAAACUGACUGCGGUCAGAGUUUGAGGGAAAAUACUGACAAGUACAAUGAGUGGACCAGAGAGGUGGUCGACGCCAUUCGUGGAACAGGAGACAACAACAAGAAACGAAUCCUCAUCCUCGCUUCCCCAGAGAAAACUGCUAAAGGUCUUCAUUUAAUCGAUCCAUCCAUCUACAAGGACGAUGACUACAUGAUGGCAGAGUUCCAUCUCUAUGCAUCUGGUCCUAAUGAUAAAAAAGAUAGCGCGAAGUACUGGGACGGCUCAAAACAGGGCCGAGAUAAUGUACGCGAGUCCAUUAAGCCUGCGUUGGAAUGGACAAAGGACACAGGRYUUUACACGUACUUUGGAGCAUGGAUGGCAGAAGAUAACACCAAGAUGGCUCUGGAUGAAGACGAAAUCAAAAGCUUUGCACGUUACUUUGUGAAAACCUUGAAAGAGAAUGGCAUCCCUUGGUCAAUUAACGUUCUUGAUCGCUACUACGACACCAAGCAAUGUGUAUGGCUUAAAGAUCAGACCAUCGAUGACAAGACCAUCAACUUCAAAAGMGUCUUGGCUGUAAUKAAAAAAAAUAUAGACAUCGGUACAGCCAUGAACAACCUCGCCAUCACGAUACGCUUUGCGCUUCUUCUUGCUAUUUACCUGCCUAUCUGCAAUGGUCAAGAUGACCCUAUAUUGCCUAAAGACUACAGGGACAUCAUCAAGCAAGGAUUUGCAACAAACUACUUCAAGGUCGCACCAGAACGCAUUGAAAAGAAGUACAAGGACAAGAACAUCGACGAUAUCUAUAAGGAAGGCUUUCGUAACCUCAGACUUCGUUCGCGCGCAGACCUCUACGAUCCUCCUUAUGAUAACGAGGACUUUGAUAAGUUUUUGGAUAAACUAGAAGAGGUUGUUGACAAAUGUCUUCAGACGGGUGUUGCCCCAAUCAUUUCAUGGAUCAAUCAUCACGCAGAAGCAUACGCUACAAAUGAAGAAAAACAAAACUACAUCAAGUGGUGGACUUUGGUUGCCGAGAAACUCAAGAACAAGGAUUACAGACUGAGUUUUAACUUGUUCACAGAGCUUGGAAUCGACAGUAAUUGUGAAACUGACUGCGGUCAGAGUUUGAGGGAAAAUACUGACAAGUACAAUGAGUGGACCAGAGAGGUGGUCGACGCCAUUCGUGGAACAGGAGACAACAACAAGAAACGAAUCCUCAUCCUCGCUUCCCCAGAGAAAACUGCUAAAGGUCUUCAUUUAAUCGAUCCAUCCAUCUACAAGGACGAUGACUACAUGAUGGCAGAGUUCCAUCUCUAUGCAUCUGGUCCUAAUGAUAAAAAAGAUAGCGCGAAGUACUGGGACGGCUCAAAACAGGGCCGAGAUAAUGUACGCGAGUCCAUUAAGCCUGCGUUGGAAUGGACAAAGGACACAGGRYUUUACACGUACUUUGGAGCAUGGAUGGCAGAAGAUAACACCAAGAUGGCUCUGGAUGAAGACGAAAUCAAAAGCUUUGCACGUUACUUUGUGAAAACCUUGAAAGAGAAUGGCAUCCCUUGGUCAAUUAACGUUCUUGAUCGCUACUACGACACCAAGCAAUGUGUAUGGCUUAAAGAUCAGACCAUCGAUGACAAGACCAUCAACUUCAAAAGMGUCUUGGCUGUAAUKAAAAAAAAUAUGUAGAAAUAUUCAUAGAAUCGAUAAGUAAUGGGUGUAUAACAUAGAUGGGGCAGGGUUAACUUGUGUUGGGCUAGAAAUAUAACUGAAACACAAUAAAUAUUUAUCAAUCGUACGCAUAGAAUAAUAUAAUCACUCUUUUAUGUACAGUA